GAGCCUUCCUGUACUCAGUGGGGGAUGCAGAACAGCUGAACAAGGCCACAAUUUGCCGCACAAUAAGGAGUGUGUGUCUGGCUAUCAAAGCAUUAGCAGAUGUCUUCAUCUCCUUCCCUGGCCACAGAAGACUCUGACAUCAAAGAGGAGUUCUAUAGGAUUGCAGAUGGUCUGCAAUGCUGACUGUGUGAUCAGCAAUGUUGUGGCACAAUGGCCUGGCUCAGUCCAUGACUCCAGAAUCUUUCGGGCCUCUGAAAUCUAUCAGUGCCUAUCACAAGGUGAAUUCUCUGGUGUGUUGCUGGGAGACAGGGGGUAUGGCUGCCAGCCUUUUCUCCUGACACCUUUCACAGACCCCCAGGAAGCACAGCAGGCCUACAACCAUGCCCAUGCCAGGACCAGGGCCAGAGUUGAAAUGACCUUUGGCCUCCUGAAGGCACACUUUCACUGCCUUCACAAAUUAAGGGUCAGCCCUGUUAGGGCAUGUGAUAUUACUGUGGCUUGUGCUGUCCUCCACAAUGUGGCCUGCCUGAGGAAGGAGAGGGCCCCCAGAGUGCCACCAGCCAUGGACUGGGACAAUCCGGCAAUCUUCCCUGAUGACGACAGUGGUCGGCUGCUGAGGGACCAAUAUGUGUUGAAUUAUUUUAGUUAGUAUGUGUGCUUUCAAUUUUGGUUAAAUAUGUCCUGCGGUGGCAGAGGAAUUUGGGUUUUUUUGGGUUCGUUUUGUUACGAAUUUGGCCUCUUAUGAUGUUUGUGCGGUAUACUGUGUGUAAUACAAGGCUGCAGGGAGGCUACUGCAUCCAUUCAUUUGUCUGUUCAGUUGAUGUGUAUGGAUUUGUCCUGCAUUUAUUUUAGUGUGCAGACAUGCAGGGUGUGUUAUAUACAGACCUUUGAAUGUGUAUGUAUCAUUUUGUAUAAUAUGCUUGGAUUCUGUGCUUUCCAUCUUGUAGAGUCACUGUGACUUCAGUUUCGAAAGGAGCUGAUGGUUUACCUGCUUUGUUUUGUCCUUAUUCAAUAAAGGAACAUAAUGUUACACAUUGUGUUUUUAUAUUCA